CAGAAAUCACGUGACGUGAGUACGAUUGUAUAGUUGCCAUAGAAACGAGCUCAUCCAGCAGCGUCCGGGCUCAGAACUGGAGCACACAACCUCAGCUGUAAAGAACUGCUCUGAUAUUCGACGGGUGUUCUUCUACGUGUCACCAUGCAUAACAACAAGAAUGGGAUGAUGCCAUUCCCACCACCUAUCAGCAAAGACAGGGUCAUUUGGGAUUUCCCACAGUGCUACAUGCCUGCAGCUUCUUUACAGUUGAAAGAAGACUGGGACCAUGAGGCUAAAGCAGCCUGUAAGGACAGGGCCAUCAGGCAUCAGCCAUGGGAUCGUCAGAAAAUGUCAAAAGUGGUGGUUGUUGGUGACCUAAAUGUUGGGAAGACCUGUCUCAUUAAUAGGUUUUGUAAAGAUGUGUUUGAAAGAGAUUACAAAGCUACCAUUGGAGUGGAUUUUGAGAUUGAAAGGUUUGAGAUAUCUGGAGUACCUUUCUCUCUUCAAAUCUGGGAUACUGCCGGGCAGGAAAAGUUCAAAUGCAUUGCGUCUGCAUACUACAGAGGUGCUCAUGUUAUUAUCACAGUCUUUGACAUGGCUGACAUUAAGUCCUUGGAUCAUACACACCAAUGGUUAGAGGAGGCCUUGAGGGAAAAUGACCCUGAUUCCUGUUUCAUCUUCCUAGUUGGCACUAAGAGUGACCUGCUGUCUAGAGAAGAAAGACUGAGGACAGAAAAAGAUGCCAUAAAGAUAGCAACAGAAAUGAAAGCGGAGUUCUGGGCUGUUUCAUCCAAAACAGGGGAGAAUGUGCAAGAGUUUUUCUUCCGAGUUGCAGCUCUGUCUUUUGAGAAGUGCAUACUGAGGGAUAUGGAGAAUGGGCUCCCCGCCACCAUCGGACAAGGAGACAGUAUCAGAUCAGAUCGGGCUAAUCUGGAGGAGGAAACACCACAAGGCAUGAAGAGACGCUGCUGCUGAUGAGGCAAACUAACUCUAAAAGAGAGCUUUCAUCAAGAGGAAGAACAUACAAAGGCUCUGUUCUGAGCUUCAAAGUUACUGGCCAUGUCCCAUUGGACUGAAACGUGCCUUAGGACAUAUUGCAUGCAUCUGGAUGUUUGCAAAACAGUUCGACCCAUAUGCAUUUCCUACUGGAAUACAGCUUACAGUCAUGGAUUGUUUGCUUUUACAGAUACUUAAAUUUGCCAUUUUUAUGGAAUAACAGACCACAACUUGAAAAUGAUUCAUCACAAAUUAUAAUUUGUGAGAUGGAACUGCCAGAAGACAAAUCACUUUACCCUGGGAGUAACUAAUGCUACGUUAGUCCAGAUGAUUGUGAUUCUUGUCAUGUUGUAUUGAUAUCUGAAAUCUGUUUUCGUGUGGAUGCUUUAGAUGUUGUCUUCUUUUCUCAUACAGUAUUGCUGUGGAAUAUUGUCUCAGCCACUUUUUGUGAGCUGUUAAAUGCUUAACAUUUAGAAAAGAACGUAAGAUAGAUUUUUCCAGAGGGAAUGAAAAUGGUUCCAUUUACUCUCUAGUAAUACAUUUUUAAAAGAGUACAUGUUCAUUUUAUCUUUUUAAUCAGUAUAUAGUGAUUACAAAUAAUGUGAUGUCUUACCAAAUGUAUAAAAAAUAUAUGUUAUCAUGGAUUAUAAUUGACAUGCAUUAAUAAAAACAGUAUUGUGUCAAAUUUA